GGGUGCCGGACAGGCCUUUGCGGAAGUCCAUGAGCCAUUGGGAGGGACUCGGCUAUUGCCGGGUGCCCUUGUUGCCGGGGUCCUCUUCCUGGGUCACUCCCGGAGCCGAAGCGGGACUGGGGCCGACACGGGGGUGCCCACGUGGCCAUCUGGGCGCCAGUGUGACCUCUCAGCCCACGGGAUGUGGCGACUACGUCGGGCCGCCUUGGCCUGUGAGGUCUGCCAGUCCUUGGUGAAACACAGCUCUGGGACAAAAGGAAGUUUACCACUCCCAAAACUGCAUCUGGCUUCACGAAGUAUUUCUCAUUCACAUUGUCCUACCUUAAAGCUUCAAGGACCCCAACUGAGAACAUCAUUUCAGCAAUUCUCUUCUCUAACCAACUUACCUUUACGUAAAUUGAAACUUUCUCCAGUUAAAUAUGUCUACCAGCCUCACAGGAAUUUCUGGCCUGCUAGGUUAGCAGCACGACUCCUAAGACUUCGGUAUCUCAUACUAGGAUCUGCUGUUGGGGGUGGCUAUACAGCCAAAAAGACUUUUGAUCAGUGGAGAGAUAUGAUACCAGACCUUAGUGACUAUAAAUGGAUUAUACCUGACAUUGUAUGGGAAAUUGAUGAAUAUAUUGAUUUUGAGAAAAUUCAAAAAGCCCUUCCUAACUCAGAAGACCUUGCAAAGUUAGCACCAGACCUUGACAAGAUUGUUGAAAGCCUCAGCUUAUUGAAAGACUUUUUCACCACAGGUCACAAAUUGGUUAGUGAAGUCAUAGAAGCUUCUGACCUACUUCUCUUGUUAGGUUCACCUGGAGAGACAGCAUUUAGAGCAACAGAUCAUGGAUCCGAAAGUGGUGACAAGCAUUAUAGGAAGGGUCUGCUUGGUGAGCUCAUUCUCUUACAACAGCAAAUUCAAGAGCAUGAAGAGGAAGCACGCAGAGCCGCUGGCCAGUAUAGCACGAGCUAUGCCCAACAGAAGCGCAAGGUGUCAGACAAAGAAAAAAUUGACCAACUUCAAGAAGAACUUCUACAUACACAGUUAAAGUAUCAGAGAAUCUUGGAACGUUUGGAAAAGGAGAACAAAGAAUUGAGAAAAUUAGUAUUGCAAAAAGAUGACAAAGGCAUUCAUCAUAGAAAGCUAAAGAAAUCUUUGAUUGACAUGUAUUCUGAAGUUCUUGAUGUUCUUUCUGAUUAUGAUGCUAGUUACAAUACGCAAGAUCAUUUGCCACGGGUUGUUGUGGUUGGAGAUCAGAGUGCUGGGAAAACGAGUGUGUUGGAAAUGAUUGCUCAAGCUCGGAUAUUCCCACGAGGAUCUGGGGAAAUGAUGACACGCUCUCCAGUGAAGGUAACUCUGAGCGAAGGUCCUCACCAUGUGGCCCUGUUCAAAGAUAGUUCUCGGGAGUUUGAUCUUACCAAAGAGGAAGACCUGGCAGCAUUAAGACAUGAAAUAGAACUCCGAAUGAGGAAAAAUGUGAAAGAAGGUUGUACUGUGAGCCCUGAGACGAUAUCCUUAAAUGUAAAAGGUCCUGGACUACAGAGAAUGGUCCUUGUUGAUUUACCAGGUGUGAUUAAUACUGUUACAUCAGGCAUGGCUCCUGACACCAAGGAAACUAUUUUCAGUAUCAGCAAAGCUUACAUGCAGAACCCUAAUGCCAUCAUACUGUGCAUUCAAGAUGGAUCUGUGGAUGCUGAACGCAGUAUUGUUACAGACUUGGUCAGUCAAAUGGAUCCUCAUGGAAGAAGAACCAUAUUUGUUUUGACUAAAGUAGACCUGGCAGAGAAAAAUGUAGCUAGUCCAAGCAGGAUUCAACAGAUAAUUGAAGGAAAACUCUUCCCAAUGAAAGCUCUGGGUUAUUUUGCUGUUGUAACAGGAAAAGGAAACAGCUCUGAAAGCAUUGAAGCCAUUAGAGACUAUGAAGAAGAGUUUUUUCAGAAUUCAAAACUUCUAAAAACAAGUAUGCUCAAGGCACACCAAGUGACAACAAGAAAUUUAAGCCUUGCUGUGUCUGACUGCUUUUGGAAAAUGGUACGAGAAUCAGUUGAACAACAGGCUGAUAGUUUUAAAGCAACACGUUUUAACCUUGAAACAGAAUGGAAGAAUAACUACCCUCGCCUGCGAGAGCUUGACCGGAAUGAACUAUUCGAAAAGGCUAAAAAUGAGAUCCUUGAUGAAGUUAUCAGUCUGAGCCAGGUUACACCUAAACAUUGGGAGGAAAUCCUUCAGCAGUCUUUGUGGGAAAGAGUAUCAACUCAUGUGAUUGAAAACAUCUAUCUCCCAGCUGCACAAACCAUGAAUUCGGGGACUUUUAAUACUACAGUGGAUAUCAAGCUUAAACAGUGGACUGACAAACAGCUACCUAAUAAAGCAGUAGAGGUUGCUUGGGAGACCCUACAAGAAGAAUUUUCUCGCUUCAUGACAGAACCUAAAGGAAAGGAACACGAUGACAUAUUUGACAAACUGAAAGAAGCUGUUAAAGAGGAGAGUAUUAAACGCCACAAGUGGAAUGACUUUGCUGAAGAUAGCUUGAGGGUCAUCCAGCACAAUGCUUUAGAAGAUCGGUCCAUAUCUGAUAAACAGCAGUGGGAUGCAGCUAUCUAUUUCAUGGAAGAGGCUCUUCAGGCUCGUCUGAAGGAUACUGAAAAUGCAAUUGAAAACAUGAUAGGUCCAGACUGGAAAAAGAGGUGGAUGUACUGGAAGAAUCGGACCCAAGAACAGUGUGUUCACAAUGAAACCAAGAAUGAAUUGGAGAAGAUGCUGAAAUGUAACGAGGAGCAUCCAGCUUACCUUGCAAGCGAUGAGAUAACCACUGUUCGGAAGAACCUGGAAUCCCGAGGCGUGGAUGUCGAUCCAGGCUUGAUUAAGGAUACUUGGCAUCAAGUUUAUAGAAGACAUUUCUUAAAAACAGCUCUACACCAUUGUAACCUUUGUCGGAGAGGUUUUUAUUACUACCAAAGGCAUUUCAUAGAUUCUGAGCUGGAAUGCAAUGAUGUGGUCUUAUUUUGGCGAAUACAACGCAUGCUUGCUAUCACUGCAAAUACCUUAAGGCAACAACUUACAAACACUGAAGUUAGACGAUUAGAGAAAAAUGUUAAAGAGGUAUUGGAAGAUUUUGCUGAAGAUGCAGAGAAGAAAGUUAAGUUGCUUACUGGCAAACGAGUUCAACUGGCUGAAGACCUCAAGAAAGUUAGAGAGAUUCAAGAAAAACUUGAUGCUUUCAUCGAGGCUCUUCAUCAGGAAAAGUAAAUUGUAUUAAAAUCCGCAUAGCUGCCUCUGCAUACAUCUGAAGAAUCAAACCAUCGGUCUUUUGUCCUGCCUCUCUUCCUUCUGCUAUUCCACCUUCCUAAACAUACAAUAAAGUCCUGGGGGAAAAUAAUUCAUGUGUGUUUCAGGCACUUUGGCCCUCAGCUGCCUUUUGAAUAGAAGAACAGUAAAAAUGGCAUUAUCAUCCUCUAUGAUUGUACCAAGGUGACAGAUUGGUAUAAUAUAAUUGGCCUAGCCACUCGGGCUAGUCCUUGAAGAUAGGAAACUUGUUCUCUACUCUGUUGUCUUAUUUGUGGUGCACUAGUUUAAUUCAUUAUCCACGGUACUUACUGUGUCUUUUCCAGAAUAUAAUGCUAGUCAUUUUGGAAUAAACCUUUUUUUAAGUUAUCAUUUGUAUAUAAAAUGAUAGUAGCCUGCUAAGUCAUCAUCUGUAACUAUGGUGUUCUUUUUCCAGGUACUAAUUGACUAUUAAUUCAGUUUAUAUUCUCUAUAUAAGGGGAGGGAAAAACUGAUUAAGGGAGACCUUCAGAUAGGUAAAUUUGGCUUUUCACAAUUCAGUGUGUAAUCAGUGAACAAAAACAGCCUUGAUUGCUAGCUUGGAAAUUGUUUUAAAAGUGGUUAGUAACAGCUUCCGUUGAUAUUUUCCACACUCAAUGUCCAUUCAAAAUUAAUUUGUUUUGAAUAUUGUGUACUUAAGUUAGGCUUUCUGUUAACAGUAGGAUUUUUUUUCCUAUUGACAGAAGCCCAUGGCAGGGGAUGGAAAAGAUUAAGGAUAAUCAAGAGAGUGAUUUCAUUUAGAAUAUUGUCAAAUAUUUGGACAUUAGGAAAAGGCUUUCUUUCCAUGGCUUUUUUUUUUUUUUUUUUUUUUUGCAGUGGGGAGGCAGGGAGUACAGGAGAUUGAACCUGGGACUUCAGACUUGCUCGGCAAAUACUACAGCACUGUGCUACUUCCCCACCCCCAACUAUUUUAAAUAGAAAUGAUUUCAACAGAACAAUGUUUGCCAUUUCCCUUUCAAUU